CUCUUCCUGCUUCCGGUGCCGGGGCUAUAAGAGCCGCUUCCGCCUGGGCGCGCGACCUGUGGGGGGCCCGGGCCGUGCGGCGGCUCGUUGGGUGCCGGGAGCUCGCGCUGCCGCUGCCAUGAAUGCCCACGGGCUAUGCACGGAGAAGGCCGCCGCCUUCACCCGGCGGCUGCGGGCCGAGCCCCAGUUCCUGCUGGCUCAGAACGUGGCGACGUGCAACGACCCGCUGGAGGUGUGUCUGCAGCGGCAGGUGGUGCAGGACACCGUGCAGGUCUUCCAGCACGCCGUGCCCGCCGAGGGCAAGCCCGUCACCAACCAGAAGAACUCCGGGAGAUGCUGGAUCUUUUCCUGCCUCAAUGCUAUGCGUCUUCCUUUCAUGAAGAAAUACAACAUCGAGGAGUUUGAGUUCAGCCAGUCAUAUCUCUUUUUCUGGGAUAAGGUUGAACGUUGUUACUACUUUUUAAAUGCCUUUGUGGAAACAGCUCAGAAGAAGGAGCCUGUGGAUGGCAGACUGGUACAGUUCCUGCUCUCCAACCCCACAAAUGAUGGUGGACAGUGGGAUAUGUUGGUUAACAUCAUUGGGAAGUAUGGUGUUGUCCCCAAGAAAAACUUCCCAGAGUCUCAUACCACAGAGGCUACCAGGAGGAUGAAUGAGAUCCUGAAUCAUAAGAUGAGAGAAUACUGUCUGCGGCUAAGGAAUAUGGUGGACAGCGGAACACUGAAAGGAGAACUUUGUGCUGCAAUGGACACGAUGAUAGAAGAGGUAUUCAGAAUAGUGAGCACCUGCCUGGGCAGCCCUCCUGAAACCUUCUGCUGGGAGUUCCGGGAUAAGGAGAAGAAUUACCACAAAUAUGGCCCUUUGACACCAGUCCAGUUCUACAAUGAGCACGUGAAGCCUUACUUCAACAUGGAGGACAAGGUUUGUCUAGUGAAUGAUCCUCGACCUCAGAACCCCUACAACAGGCUGUACACAGUGGAGUACCUGGGCAACAUGGCAGGAGGGAGGAAAACACUCUACAACAACCAGCCUAUUGAUGUCUUGAAAAAACUAGCUGCAGCAUCUAUUAAGGAUGGCGAGGCUGUGUGGUUUGGCUGUGAUGUUGCCAAGCACUUCUAUGGCAAGCUGGGAAUCAAUGACAUGAAUAUUUGGAAGGAAGCAGCAGUUCACUUUGUGGCACAGCAAGCUGGCUGCUAUAAGGAAGGGCUGGCUGCUAUAAACUUGGGUGGUCCUUCACUGCUGAAUAGCCAUCAACUUGUUUUGUCACAGGAUGGGCAAGAAGAGGCAUUUGAAAAAUGGAGAGUGGAAAACUCCUGGGGUGAAGACCGUGGUAACAAAGGUUACCUGAUCAUGACUGACGACUGGUUUUCUGAGUACGUGUAUGAAGUGGUGGUGGAUAAGAAGCAUGUACCAGAAGACAUCUUGGCGGUGAUGCAGCAGGAACCAAUUGUUUUGCCGGCUUGGGACCCUAUGGGGGCUUUAGCCAAGUGAAUUACACAGUAUUUGCCUCUUAACGGUCAACCAGAAGUAGAUGCAAUAGAGAAUUCCAGUGGUUGGAAGCCAUAGCCAAAUGAUGGUGUGACCGAGCACUCAGCAUGGUCCAUACCCUUGAAAUGUACGUUAAGGAUCCUUGGGAAAUAGCGCUUUACUGACUUGGCUGAAUAAAGCUCUCAGACAAGCUACUCUGCAAAACUAAAAAGGGAAAAACAACCCCUAAUGAACACAUAUUACAAGUGCUGUCAAUGGCAGUUUGAUUUUACCUUCAAUUUUUAAUGUCAGCAUAGUAACUUAGUAGGAUUAUUUUGACCAAUGUUUUCCCUAGAAAAGAUAACCAAAAAAGGCCCUUUGGAAUUAAGAGCUAGGUGAUUGUUAGAACAAAUACAUAAAGAUACUUAUAAAUUAACCAUCCAUGGUCCAUGUACCAUAAAAGAAUGCCCAAAAUAUUUUAUAUAUUUACAUUUUUAGUUUUGCUGAGGUUUUGGAGGGGGCGUAAGAGUUGAAACCGAUAAAAAUUGUCUUUAGAAAGUUCUCUUCCAGCAAAAUUGGAGGGGAAAGUGUUUCCUUGAGAUUUCCAGUUUCACUUUUUAUCUUUCCAUUAUUGAGCAAGGACUGGAUAACCCCUGGCAAGGCCCAGUGCUAUGUCUGUGUGCACAGGAGCGCUAUUUUUCAGUUAUUUUAGCAAGAACAACCAUAAGUAUGUUCACAGGUGGAGUUAGUGUCAUGCUCAAAAGAAAAAAAAAAACCCAGUGUUUUAAUUGCUGCAUUUUAUUGGAUGUUUUAAAAAACAAGAUGGUGCUAUGAAGCUUUUGAAUAAACACUUUCUAAAGUGA